AUGUUCCACCCGUUGAUCACACCAUUAACGACCUACAUGUACACCACGGAUAUCCAGGACAACGGCACAGUGAGCGCAACUGACGCAGAACGCCUGCCUCCCGGCGGCUUCAGCCUACGACACGGAUUCCCAGCUUGGUUUGGACGAGGAAGCCGAAGUGUGGCGGGUAGUAGGCAGGCCAGCGGCCAGCAGCAGCCCCCGGCAACGCCGGCGAGAGGCGGUACAUCAAGCAGUGCGGCGACGACACCAAGUUCCAAGGCUACGCCGAUUGGAGGGCGUCCGGGAUACCUCGACACCUCGCGACGGGAGGUUUCGACGUACGAGGUUUUGAGAUACAUUAGGAGCACGUUCGAUGAUGACAGUGUGCUUGAUUCGGUGCCGCUUGAGGCUGCUGGCAACCCGGGCGCUUGGCACGCAUGGCGGACGCGUCAGCGCCAGGCGGGCAAUGUCACUGAAGACUCUGCAAAGCGGCCAGUGGAGGCGCAGGAAGGGGAAACUGAAGAGAGGAAGGCCGAGGGAGAGACGGCCGCGGCUGAUGGCCAAGACAAGGCUGAACAGCCAGUCCCCGAGGCCGAGCCUGCUGCGCCGGCGACACCCGUCGCGAACACUAUCAAGCGGAAGCCAGUGUCGGGCGUUGUGCCUACCCCGCGGCACCCUGGAGAGUGGAACUGGGAAGGAGUGUGGGAGGACAGAGUACAGAAGGGCAUCGCGGCGUCCCUUUCGGAGGCGGUGCUGUACGGAGCGGCCAGCGGCGGUGACGAUUUGAUCAACUUCCUCGCAAUGGAGGAAGGCGAGGUGGAUUCUGUCCGUGAGAACCUGCAGCGGACGCUGGGAAGCGGCGCCGCGACCCCCGAAGAACGAAUUAGCAUGCAGGGCGUGCCUGCUGGCGAAUGA